AUGUUUGUACUGGUCUCAGGGACAUGGGAGAAGGGGAAACGGAGUGUGGUUGUUUUCGACAUAGUGUCGUGUGGCGUGUUUGAUGGUGUCGUUAGUGUGAAGGGAUUGUUGAUUGCCACGGUUCUCGUCCCUCGCUCGUCUCAACUCAGAGCUGAUGACUUUGUCCUGAGGUUUGCUGCUGCUGCAAAUGUUGAAUUGACCUCUGCUGCCCUGGGCGAUAGAAGGUUUUCCAAGGCCCCCGACUCACCGGCGUCACGCUCUGAAGGCUUCUGGGUUCAACGGCCGUGGCUCGUGUUUAAAUUGAUCUCCUAA